AUGUUGCAACUGCUACUUCUCAGUAUCUUCCUUCCGAUAUUCUCGGGACAGCAGUUGAGUCUAUGUAGCAGUGCUACUUGGACCACAUAUAACGGAAACGAAUACUGUGCAUUUACCGGUUAUGCAACAUACGCUGCCGCAACAGUUCUUUGCAAAAAGUUCAACAGUAAUGUAGUCUCGCUGUUGUCACAAGCAGAACAGAACUUUAUCGACAGUAGAUAUACUAGUCCGAAAAAGGCAUACUGGAUUGGGCUAGAAAAAAGCGGAUCUACGUGGGAGUGGGCUGACCGCAACGCCUACUCGUACAACAACUUCAGGACAACUCAGGCAACGCCAGACGAACAAUGUGUGAUGGUUGGCGCUAACAAUCCAGUUGACUCUUUCUGGGAUAUUAAAAAUUGUAACUUCCACAGAAUGGACCAGAUAGUGGUCUGCAAGAAGAGCGGCUCAGCUCCAAAAGGUUGUACCAGCGACAGUCAAUGCAGUGUUUACGAAUUAUGCCAAAAUGGACAAUGCUUGACACAUGGAAACAAGCAAUGCCAGGCAGAUACUGACUGCUCAACUGGAGAAACGUGUCGAUAUGGAUACUGUGGCUUCCCAGCUGGGAAAGCUUGCACUGCGGACGGAGAGUGUGGAAUAACAGAGCUGUGUCAGAAUGGUCAAUGUUUGCCGUAUGGAAGCACUCCGGGUUCGUCUCCACAGCAACAAAAAUGUGCUGACGAUGGGGAAUGUGACCCAACGACAUUAUGCCAAAGUGGCACGUGUUUGCCGCCGACUGCUGAGUGUCCAAAUGGGAACGAGUGUCAAGCUACAGAGGAGUGUCGUUUUGGCUUUUGUGCUUUACGUGAGCAGUUUUUGACUGUUGCUGCUGCUGGUGGUGGUGGUGGUGGUGGUGGUGCCGGCGGAAAUCCUGGCCCUUAG